AUGGUCUCGGACUCCGAGAUAGUGGGUCGCCUCCACGAAAUCCUCCGGGCAUCCGACCUAGAAACCACCACCGCAGCAUGCGUCCGCCGCCGUCUCGAGGAGGAGUUCUCCGUUAAUUUAUACGGCCGCAGGGUCUUCAUUCGGGAGCAAAUCGACCUUUUCCUCCGAGAUGCGGCCGCCGCCCAGAACGACGUCGUUGAACAAGUUGAAGAAGUGGGUGAAAAUCCCCAAAACGACGCCGUAGAGAAGGAGCAAGGACAAAAGGAAAAUACGGGAGCGGAUGAGAAUGGUGAAGAAGAAGAAGCUUCUGACGAAGAAGAUGAAGACGAAGUGAGUAAGAGAAAACAGAGUAGAGUUACAGAUGUGAAGAAGAAAGGAGGCGGCUUCUGUAAGCCAUGUGCACUUUCUCCACAACUCGAGGAAUUAUUUGGGGUUUCACAGCUACCCAGGACUGCGGUUGUAAAGAAACUCUGGGAGUAUAUAAGGGAGCACAAUUUGCAAAAUCCAAAGGAUAGGAGAAAGAUCUUAUGCGACGAUGCUCUGCAUCAGAUUUUCCGCGUGAAGAGUGUCGAUAUGUUUAAAAUGAACAAAGCAUUGUCCAAGCAUAUUUGGCCGCUCGAUGAAGUUGCACUCCAGUCAAAUCUGCGCAAAGGAAACGGCAAAGCAAACAAGACAAAGAAAAAAAUGAGCCAAAGACGAAAGGUAAACAACCCAAAAAGGGGGCAAUACAUAAAAGAAAACGAUCUGCAGGAUCCAUCUGAUAAGAGAAGGGUGGGUCUUAUGUGA